UGUUUGAUUAUGAUUUGCUGCUACUUUCUCAGGUGGAAAGCUUCUCAAGCCCAAUCUUCAUGUACUUUGAGGCAUGUGAAUGAUGAGGCUGUUGUUCUAGUGGAUGAGGAGGAACCUGAUGUUGUUGAGAUAAGGCAGCAAGUUCAUGUGGUUGAAAGCACAAUGGCAACCAAGAUAUACUAUCCGUCGAGGGAUGAUCCUGAAUCAGUCGAAAUCUGUUAUUCAGACAUGGAAUCUCUUGCUCCUGAAGCAUAUCUGUCAUCUACUAUAAUGAACUUUUACAUCCGGUACCUCCAGCAGACAAAGUCUCUUGCAGAUGGUGAAAGGUGCGCAUAUCACUUUUUCAAUACAUAUUUUUACAACAAGCUCAAAGAGUCUGUUUUCAGUAAGCAGAAUGACAAGGAAGCUUCGUUUGUCAAAUUAAGGAGGUGGUGGAAGGGGGUGAAUAUAUUUGAGAAAGCCUAUAUAUUUCUUCCCAUACAUGAAAAGUAAGUUUUCGAGGUUGCAUUUGCCAUUUCAUUGGUUCAUGAGGAUUCAGUACUUGGGUCAAUUAUGCUGUCCGCCGAGCUUUUAUACUUGGCCUAGUUUAGCAGUUUUAAUCAAUUUAUGAAACUACAUUAUUUAGGUCAAAUUUGAUGCUUGUUCAAUGUGGAUCAUAUAUUGGGACUUGUUUACUUUUUCCGCAU